AUGACGGCCAAGACAGACAGUGAAGUUGACGUCGAGAAGCUUUCGAGCAACCCUGAACCAGAAGCGACUCAUCUGGAGCGGCCGGCCAUUGACUUGGGCAAUGAGGCUGUCUUGCUCGACGUCACUGCCGGCCAUAUUGAUGGUGCUCUUCUCGCUGGCUUGAAACUGGCAAAAGAUGGACAUACAGUCCUGAUUCCGCAGCCCUCGGAGGAUCCAAAUGACCCUUUGAAUUGGUCUCCCUUCAAGAAGCAUAUGAUUCUUGUGAUCUUGGGCAUCGCGGCUGGCUUGGGUGAUCUCACGUCCACCUUGGGGAUCCCUCCGAUCAUCUUACAGGGCGUCAAAUGGAACCUAUCUCCCUCGGUUGUCAACUACAACAACAAUCUCAAUGUUCUCAUGCUUGCCAUCGGUGGCCUCUUUUGGGUCCCAUUCGUAUAUUUCUGGGGCCGGGCUCCAGUAUUGUUCUGGACGACGCUAGCUGGCACCCUCUUCUCCCUGGGCACCGUCCUCACGGAUGACUUUGACACCUACUACGCUCUUCGUGCACUGCAGGGCUUUUGUCUGUCCUCAGUCCAGGGCAUUGGCCUCAACUUUAUCAAGGACAUGUUCUUCUUCCACGAACAUGCUCGCAAGAUCGGCAUCUGGGCCGCUAUCUUCCUGACCGGGCCGUAUCUUGGCCCGCCCUUUGGAAAUUUCAUCAUUGCCGGCACUGGUGGAUACAUCGGCUGUCUGUGGCUGGGCUUCGCGUGCUGCUGUGUCAAUCUAACUCUCAUUGUCUUCUUCUCGGACGAAACAUGGUACAAACGCGAGGUUCCGAUCGAGGACCAGCCAGCCCGUGGUCAACGACUCUUUCGCGUGGUUGGCAUCUGGCAACUGACCGUCCAGAAGGGGUACUUUCUGUCCAUUCCGGAGUCGUUUCAUCGACUUUUCCGGGUUUUCCUCAAACCCAUCAUCAUACCGAGCAUGAUCUACUUCGGCAUCAACAUCAUGUGGGCCGUCGGCAUCAAUAUCGGAACUUCUAUCCUGUUUACCGUCCCCAAAGAAGCCGGAGGAUAUGGCUUUGGGCCCAACGCCCUGGGAGCAAUCUGUCUGACCCCGGCGGUGGGCACCAUCCUCGCAGAAAUCUGGGGCCAUUUCUUCAACGACUGGCUCGCCAAUCGCUACAUCAAGAAGCACGAAGGCGUGUUUGACCCCGAAGCCCGCCUCGUCACAAACUACGUGGCGGCCGCCCUGAUGGUCCCGGGCCUCGUCAUCCUCGGCGAGGCCCUGCAGCAUACACUCCACUACAGCGCCAUCAUCAUCGGCUGGGGCGCGUACACGGCGGGCACACUGGCCGCGUCUGUCUCGUUGACCGCGUAUCUGCUGGACGCGUACCCCAUCGCUGCUGGGGAGGUCAACGCCCUGCUCAACUUUGCCAGAGCCAUCAGUGGGUUCUCGGUCGGGUAUUUCCAGGUCCAGUGGGGUGCGAAGGUCGGGUUUGAUGGGUCUUUUGGGACGCAGGCGGCCAUCGUCGGCGUGUCUGUGAGCAUUAUUGUCAUUCUCCAUAUCUACGGCGGUCGAAUGCGUGCCAAGGGUGGUCACAUAUGA